AAAUUUAUCGUAGCAUGGUUACCAUGCUUCAAAGGUCUGAAAAGGCCCAAACAAGCUAUAUCCAAACCUCAAAUUGUUGCCGGAAACUGUUUUGUUCUUUCAGAAGUUUAUCAUAGCACAGUUAUCAUGCUUCAAAGGUCGGAAAGGCUCGAACAAGCUGUAUCCAAACCUCAAAUUGUUGGCUGAAAACAGUAUGGUUCUUUCAGAAAUUUAUCGAAGCACGGUUACCAAGCUUCAAAGGUCUGAAAGGCUCGAACAAGCAAUAAGUAGUUGUGACCAGUAAGAGUGUGCAACCCGUGUACUUGCAAUGCGUUACUCGGAUUCGAUUCCGUUGACCGAUGCAUAUGGAGAUGCUGUUGUAGAACCUGUAAGACGAGCCACCUCUACCUGACUCCCCGACCCCCGACCCAGAUCAGGGACCAGAAACCGAGCGGCAGGACGCGAGACGCCGAGUUCCUCGUCCUUUUUAUAUCUCUCCCGGUCGCAGAAGCUCCGAGCUCUCUCCGCGCCAUCGACGACCGGGAGGAACGAAGAGGAACGUGAUCCAGCUCUCGCGAUCAGAUCCGACCGACCAUGAGUCUCUUCGGUCUCGGACGGAACCAGCGGACUUUUCGACCAAAGAAGAGUGCCCCUUCUGGGAGUAAGGGGGCCCAACUCAGGAAGCAUAUUGAUGCAACAUUAGGUAGUGGGAACCUAAGGGAAGCAGUGAAGCUUCCACCUGGUGAAGACUUAAACGAGUGGCUAGCUGUCAACACUGUCGAUUUCUUCAAUCAAGUGAAUUUGCUUUAUGGCACACUGACAGAAUUCUGUACACCAGAGAAUUGUCCGACAAUGACUGCAGGGCCAAAGUAUGAAUAUCGAUGGGCGGAUGGUGUCCAAAUAAAGAAACCUAUUGAAGUCUCAGCCCCAAAGUAUGUUGAGUACCUGAUGGAAUGGAUUGAAGUUCAGCUCGAUGAUGAAUCUAUUUUUCCUCAAAAGCUUGGAACACCUUUCCCUCCAAACUUUAAAGACGUUGUCAAGACAAUAUUCAAGCGGUUGUUCCGUGUUUAUGCCCACAUUUACCAUUCACAUUUUCAGAAGAUUGUCAGCCUCAAGGAAGAGGCACAUCUCAACACCUGCUUCAAGCAUUUCAUUCUCUUCACUUAUGAGUUUGGAUUGAUCGACAAGAAGGAACUCGCCCCGCUGCAGGAGCUAAUUGAGUCCAUCAUUGUUCCAUAUUAAUUUGCUGCUAAUCUUAAACACCUACAUAAAUAAAUCUUCUUGUAAUCUUAAUUUCCCUGCUAAGUUUCCCUUAAGUGAAGUUUGUUGAUGGUAUAUUGUGAGCCUAUUACACACAUUAAUGAACACUAAUAUGAUUUUGUAACACAUUUGGCUGAGACAACCUCAAUUUAGCUGAA